AUGCCUGCAGAAGGCCCUUCGUCCACCAACCCUUCCACGCCUCUCACCGACCAUGCCGCCGCUACCCCCACUCCAAACCCCGCCGAAGAUGAGCGUGACGAGUUCGGCCUGCCCAUACGGACGAGGCCUGUGAGAUGUAGUAGUGUCCAACCGAGCUCCGAAAGCCUUUCCAAGCAGCGGACAAGUCUUUCCCAGCCGCCGCACGAGAAUCCGUGGGAGCCUCUUGCGCAGGCCGAGGCCGCGAGUCCACCGGAGAAGCCGCGCAACAGUACCUCCGAAAAUGUCGCGUCCGGUGGUGCGGUCCAGAACGGAGCCGCUUUUCAGAACCACAACCGCUCCUCCUCUCGCGCCGUGAGCUCCAAGGCCGCUGCGCCGUCGGAAUGGUCACACCAGAGCAUGUUAAAUCAGGCGCCUGCCGAGCCCGACGACGAGGAAGAGGACCUCUUGGCUGGCGAUUGGCAGGAAAUGCCCUCUUACGCGGCUUACGAUCUUUACGACGACGAUAACAAACUCAUUGCGCGGGAGGCCCCGGGUUACGAUGACGAGGUCGUGCAAUACGGAACGCUGGGCGGGGCCGGAAAGGGCUAUACCAGAGUGCAGCUUGACGACGAUGCGCAGUCCGCUACGAGCCUGGACGAUAACACGGCGUACCUGUUCAAGGGAGGGGGCACUACCACUGCCGCGGAGGACGACGAUGACGACGCGCGGGAUCCGCUCUCGCAGAUGCAGGCGACUAAGAAAUUGCUGACAGAGGGGCAGCGCAUCGCAUACGUGGGCAUAGUGAGACUGGCAACAGUGCAAAUGAUAAGAGCUGUGAACGCGUUGGAACGGACUAAAGGAUCGAAGAAGCAGGUCGACACCGCCGCCGAAGCUAUGAGAAUGUGGAGCCAAAAGAUGAUGGUCCGAUUAUACGGCCAUAUGGACAUCGAGCCCGCCGAGCAGAUCAUGAUAGAACAACUGGGCGUACACGGCGUGGAGCCCGGAGAUCUCACCCCAGCGCUGAUGAAGAAUGCGCGCGUAAAGAACCCUGUAGCCGAGGAGACCAACUCCAGCCGACCUUCGGUGUCCUCACCCCGAUCGCCCUCUUUCCCCAACAGUCCCGCUCCCGGUACGCCUGGCGAAUCUACCCUACCUCCGUAUGAAGAUCACGAGGGUGAAGACCUGCCUGAGGUCCGGACACCCUCCCAGCUUCCCAACACCAAGAGCAUCGACAUCGACCUCCGUUGGACGGUACUGUGCGACCUCUUCCUUGUCCUUAUUGCAGAUUCAGUGUACGAUGCACGGUCACGCCAGUUGCUGGAGAGGGUCGGCACGUAUAUGGAUAUUCCGUGGCUGGACAUCUGUCGCUUCGAGAAGCGUGUCACAGACGCUCUCGAGAUGCAGGAAGCUGCCAGCACGGAAAACUGGAACGAAGACGAGCAUAUGGAGCACAGGAAGAAGAUGCAGCGGAAUCGACGCCUAGUGAUGAUGGGUCUGGCGACUGUUGGUGGUGGCUUGGUCAUUGGUCUCUCGGCCGGGUUGAUGGCGCCAGUUAUUGGUGCUGGUCUGGCCGCAGGUUUCUCGACGAUAGGUGUGGCGGGAACGAGCAGUUUCCUCGCGGGUGCCGGGGGUGCGGCCAUCAUCACAACUGGUGGUGUGGUCAGCGGCGGAACGAUCGCCGUGAGAGCAUCGGACCGGCGAACAGGCGCCGUCAAGACGUUUGAGUACAGGCCGCUGCAUAACAACAAGAGAGUGAAUCUCAUCAUUACCGUGUCUGGGUGGAUGAACGGCAAGAUCGACGAUGUCAGGUUGCCGUUCUCUACCGUCGACCCGGUCAUGGGUGAUAUCUACUCUGUGUUCUGGGAACCAGAAAUGUUGCAGAGUAUGGGUGAUACCAUCAACAUUCUGGCGACAGAGGCUCUCACCCAAGGCUUGCAGCAAGUGCUCGGCAGUACGAUUCUUGUCGCGCUCAUGGGUGCCCUGCAGCUCCCUAUCGUGUUGACGAAGCUCUCCUACCUGAUCGAUAAUCCCUGGACCGUGUCGUUGGCGAGAGCAGAACUGGCCGGUCUGAUUCUGGCCGACUCUCUAGUCGACCGCAACCUCGGCGUCCGGCCAGUCACGCUCGUUGGCUUCUCGCUGGGCUCGCGUGUCAUCUUUUCUUGUAUCCAGGAGCUGGCAAAGAGAGGAGCGCAUGGCCUUGUUCAGAACGUCUACCUCUUUGGCUCACCCAUCGUGGCCAAGAAGGACGAAUAUCUUAAGGCCGUCUCCGUCGUGCCUGGCAGGUUCGUCAAUGGAUACGCGACGAAUGACUGGAUUCUCGGUUACCUAUUCCGUGCGACGAGCGGCGGCAUUAUGCGCGUUGCCGGUCUCGCCGCCGUCGACGUGCCCGGCGUCGAGAACUACGACGUGACCGAAUUGGUCGCUGGACACAUGGCCUACCGUGCCGCUAUGCCGCGCCUGCUUCGUGAAGUCGGAUGGGUUGUUGAGUCAGACGAGUUCUCUGAGAUCGAGGACCCCGAUCCGGAGAACCACGCAGCGCGACAGCGAGAGCUGAUUAACGAAAUCGAAGAGGCGCGCAAAGCUAUGGAGAAGAAGCCGGAGAAGAAGAGCCGCUUCAGCAUCUUCGGCAGCAAAAAGAAGCAAGCGGAGAAGAAGGACUGGGAAGUCUACGACGAGAAGAUCAAGGCGGGCUCGGGGAGCGGUGAGAACGGCGAUAACAAAGCCGCUGUGCUGUUCGAUGUCGAAGCGAUUCGCAAGGAAGCAGAAGCGCUCUCCGCCGACACGAGCAACGACAAAAGCACGCUCCCGCCGAUGAAGCUGGACCCGAGCCCGGACCUGCCCAGCCGCAGCAGCAGCCUGCGGCACACGCAGAGCUUCGACCCGAGCACGAUGAGCAAGUCGGGCUACGACGACGCGGCGCUGCUGGACCCGGGCUUCUACAGGCACGACGAGGGCGCCAUCAGCAUGACCUUCGACACAACGUACACGAGCCCGCCAUCCUCGUCACACAAUAACGACGCCGCGAGCGGGCUGGCAGGUUUGGCGGCGCCGCCGUCACCGGCUUGGACGACGGCUAGUAGGAGUAGUGACAGGCCGCCUCUGAGGUCGGCUGUUACGAUGCCUGUAGAUUUCCAUGCUGGCGAACGCAAUGCAUGGGGUGAGGAGUUUGAUGACGAUGCUGGGUGGGGAAACGAGGGAGGAGGAAUGUCGAUGACUUUUGAGUAG